AUGUCUACCAUUACCCCAGAGUCUAUUCCAGGCUUGUAUACCGUUGGGCGUACCACUGGAACUACAGAAGACUUGAAGGGUCUCUCAUUCGCGACAGCCUGCCCACCCGAUGUUGGCCCAAGAACCCGCCUCAUCGCAGUUUGUGGCAUCACCGAUGAUAUAGACCAAGCUAGUCCAAUGGAGGACGGUUGGUUCUUCUCGGACUUUUAUCUGUUUCAUUACCUCUUUUCUCAUCUCCAUGGGCCAACCCCAUCUCAGAUCUGGAUGACUAGUGAAAAGCCUGAAGACCUUGUGCGGAAGUACAGAGAAUACGCGCAUGGAGAUCCAGAAGGAGAGCGAAGAGUUGUACUAGACGAGAACAUGCUGCCAGGGAUCGAACAAAGUAGGAGCUUAUGCGUUGUCUCACGGAACGAUCUUCUAGAACGUUUCUUGUCCACCCUUCGCGAACAAUCGCUCCUGGCCAAGAAUGAAAAUCAGCACUUGGUCGUCUUGAUUUUUGGUCAUGGGGAUGAGCGAACAUUUGGCGUGGCUCUCGGCGGAGACGAACCAAACCUCAAAAUCGAAGACGUCAAGCGCGCUCUGCAGCCUGGCACACCUGUCAUACUGUUCAUGACUUCGUGUUACUCUGGGGGCUGGAUUGUACAGCCGAACGCGAUGACAUACAAGUAUAUCAAUGCACCGGAAUCACUGGAGCAGGACCAGACGCAUAUCGCGAUUGAGGGGUUACAGGAGACAGCUGAAAUUGACCAAGACCCCACCUAUAUCUCAUUUGCGCGCUCUAUAUACGAUUCGUAUAAGAGGCUCGAUCAUUUCGCUGACAAACACAAAAUCCAUUUCUCUGCUCAAGACGAUCAGUGGGCGCUUCACUUCAAACGUCGCAGUGGGAAUUAUGGUUCUAAAGGUUCAGACAGGCAUGGUACGGGCACUAGUCUUCUCGGGAUGGUCAGAAAACGCAGCAAAGUGAAAUAUGCCGCCCGAUACUAUUUUCACAGUGCGAACCCUGGUCAGGAUAAUGAGGCGCCAAAUAUUGCACUCCAUGGCAAACUGAUGCGCUUGCUCAAUGGCAAGGAGAAAUUCAGCGACGAGGAGCUUGACGAUAUUUUCGAAACGCUGAGAUACCGACUCGAUGCGCUUGCCCAAGCCGAUGAAGUUGCCACGAUCAUGGGUGUCGCCAAUGAAGCCUUCAACGCGUAUUCAUUUAAUCCCGUGAUCCGCAAAUUGCGGAGCAAUCCUCAAUUUCUCUUCGUACGCCUGCCGUAUCUACUAUCACUUCUUUGCAUAAUCGCAGGAGUCGUCUGGCUGCUUCUCCUUCCCCUCGAUGAAUACGCCCGUCGAACCUACAUCUCCGAGAAUGCGCUUUUGCCUGGCCAGGUUCAUGCAUACUUCUCCGGCAGCGAACAGAACAUAUUUCGCGGGUAUAAGAGGGAACUCGAAGGUUUGCUGAAUUCUGGCGAUCAGGAAGAUCAGAAGGGGAAGGAUAAUGAAUUGACACCAGUAUAUGCGACUAGAAUAUCGGAUCAGAUACAGUCGAUCUUACGAGCGGCCGGGUUGAAAGUUGCGACACAGAAGUAUAAGUACACUUCUUCGGGAAUUACGCAUGAAGGACAGAAUGUCUACGCGAUCAUCCACGCGCCACGGGGCGAUGCAACGGAGGCGAUUGUGCUGGUUGCUGCUUGGAAGACUGCAGACGGAGAAUUGAACUUGAAUGGGGUCAGCCUUGCGCUGACGCUGGCAAGAUACUUUAAGCGUGGGUCGAAUCUUCUCGCGAUGCAUUGUGGAGAAGGGGGUUGGUCUUUGUGGUCCAAAGAUAUUAUUUUCUUGUUUCCACCAGACAGCAAAUCGGGAACGCAGGCGUGGAUCGAUGCGUAUCAUGACAUGCAACCGUCCUCGGUCCAGCCUCUGCCGCUGAAGAGCGGUGCCCUGCAGGGAGGACUUGUUAUUGAAUAUCCCUUCGAUCAUCGAUUCGAGUCUUUACAUAUCGUCUACGAUGGUGUCAACGGUCAACUGCCCAAUCUGGAUUUGUUUAAUACGGCCAUUUCGAUAACUGGUGGUCAGAUGGGAAUCGGGACCAGCCUGCAGGAAAUGUGGGAGCAUGAUGAUAGCUACGAAAAGCGCCUGCAGACAAUUCUCAGGGGUAUGGUCAAGCAGGGCUUCGGACACGCUACUGGGGCACAUAGUAGUUUCAUGCCAUACCACAUUGAUGCGAUCACUUUGCAAACAAAGGGAGAUGGUUGGCAAGACGAGAUGGCUCUGGGUCGAACCGUGGAGAGUCUCUGUCGCAGUCUCAACAACCUGCUCGAACACCUUCACCAGAGUUUCUUCUUCUAUCUGCUGAUGCACACCAAUCGCUUCGUCAGUAUAGGUACUUACCUUCCAAGUGCGAUGCUGAUCGCUGGAAAUUUCACCAUCAUGGCGAUUGCUUUGUGGAUGCGUACGGGCUACUAUAUGAAUGCUCAAGCGACCUCUACCACAAAAGAAGAAGGUCCCCAGGAUAAGAAGAGUCCGGUUGAUCGAGCAACGAAUACGGAGAAAAAUGGCGAAUUGAAUGACACAAAUCUCAAGGAGCUAUCGAGUCCUGGGAGUGUCCUGGAGCGACAGUUAGCGCUCCCGCUCACCCUAGUUAUCGGGCUACAUCUGCUUGGCCUGGUCCCUCUUUUCAUCUUCAAUAACAUUCAUCACAAGUACUAUACAACGGCGACCUACACUUGCCUCGGAGCUGGGGUCAUUCUCCCUCUCAUCGUCUCAGCCAUCUUGAACCAUGGGUUUACUUCUCCUCCAACAACUCAGCAAUAUUUUCUGACCAAAUCCUUCUCCCUCCUUCUCCUCGGCCUGUUCCUCUCUACCCUUGCCACAUUGAACUUCUCUCUUUCUUUCAUGGUUGGCCUACUCUGUGCACCACUUAGUUUCGUCAAGCACAUCAAUACCCAGACGAAAGCUGCUCUGCGGUACCCAAUCGCUAUACUUGGUUUGCUAACCCUGAAUGUCCUUUCUCCUCCUGCGGUUCUCAUUGGGGCAUGUUGGUACUCAGGCGUGUCAGUCGAGACGGUUUUGACUCAGGCAGCAUUCGGAUGGAAUAUCUGGGGUAUGUGGACACAGGAUCGUGUCUUCUUUGAAACUUGGCCGACGGGGUUUGGGCCUGAAUUCAGGGGUCUGGCUCGCCGUUCAGGCUAG